CAUUUUUUAACAAUCGGGUGUCACGAUAUCAGUCACAUGCAUUGUACAACAUCACAUCAAUUUUAUUAUUGUUGUUUUGCGAAUAUAUCAGCGAGAUUUCACGAUGUCAGACAUGGAUGAUGAUUUCAUGUGCGAUGAAGACGAUGAGUACGAUUUGGAGUACGAAGAGGACAGCAAUUCUGAACCAGAUGUAGACUUGGAGAACCAGUAUUAUAAUUCCAAGGCACAGAAGGAGAACGAUCCUGGCGGUGCAUUGGAAAGCUUUCAAAAGGUUUUGGAGUUGGAGGAAGAAAAAGGAGAAUGGGGAUUCAAAGCUUUAAAGCAAAUGACGAAAAUAAAUUUCAAGAUUGGAAAGCAUGUGGAAAUGAUGCUUCGUUACAAGCAGCUUCUUACAUACAUUAAGACUGCUGUGACAAGAAAUUAUUCGGAGAAAUCCAUAAAUUCCAUUUUGGACUACAUUUCAACUUCGAAACAGAUGGAGUUGCUUCAAGAUUUUUAUGAAACGACCUUAGACGCAUUGAAAGAUGCAAAAAAUGACAGGCUAUGGUUCAAAACCAACACGAAACUUGGGAAAUUAUAUUACGACAGAGAGGAGUUCGCAAAGCUAUCUAGAAUCCUAAAGCAGCUUCAUCAAUCUUGCCAGACAGACGAGGGUGAUGAUGAUUUAAAAAAAGGAACACAGCUACUCGAAAUCUAUGCUCUUGAAAUUCAGAUGUAUACGGCUCAGAAAAACAACAAGAAGCUCAAGAAGUUAUACGAAAAAUCUUUGCAUAUCAAAUCGGCCAUUCCGCAUCCUUUGAUCAUGGGUGUCAUCAGAGAAUGCGGUGGGAAAAUGCAUCUGCGCGAGGCGGAUUACGACAAAGCACACACAGACUUUUUCGAGGCUUUCAAGAAUUAUGACGAAUCCGGGAGCCCAAGGAGAACCACUUGUCUAAAAUACCUUGUCCUUGCCAAUAUGUUGAUGAAAUCUGGCAUAAAUCCUUUCGAUUCACAAGAAGCUAAGCCGUACAAGAAUGAUCCAGAAAUCUUGGCGAUGACAAAUUUAGUGAGUGCUUAUCAAAACAACGACAUCAACGAAUUUGAGAAAAUCUUGAGAACCAAUAGGAAAAACAUCAUGGACGAUCAGUUUAUCCGGGAACACAUUGAAGAUUUGCUUCGCAACAUAAGAACUCAAGUUCUGAUAAAGUUGAUAAAACCGUAUACCAGGAUUCACAUUCCAUUCAUCUCUAAGGAGCUGAAUAUUCCGCCAGAAGAGGUCGAAAGUUUACUCGUUUCAUGUAUUCUGGAUAGUACAAUACCAGGGAAAAUCGAUCAGGUGAAUCAACUUUUGGAACUGGACAAAACGUCGCAGGAAACGGCAAGAUUCACCGCACUGGAUCGUUGGACCACGCAGCUGGAUUCUCUGAGCUCAGCUGUAGUCAACAAAAUAACUUAAGUUUUUCCUCCGAAGAUGUUGUGACCACUAGUUCGCGCGUGGUCUAACUUCUCGGGUUGUAGGUAAAGGUAAACAUGUGUAUUUUUGUGUAGAAAUUAUCGCUAUUUAUGUCGCAUUUUGUAUUCAAACAAUAUGCCGGACGCCUCGCUUCGAAACGUUCGAGGACGAAGGCGAUACUUCCCAUCGAUUCUUCAAUUUUCUGGCGUAUUUUCUUGCCAUUUAAA